AUGCCACGUAGCACAAGUCUUGAUGUUAUACCAUCAAAAGAAACAGAUUUUUCUAAAACUCCAGAUUUGAAAUCUGUAGAUUCAUUUGGACGAAGUAGUUUAGGUGAUAUAUUCUCUCCUGUCCGUGAAGAUGCAUCACACUUUAAAGGGAUGGAUGAGCUCACUUCUAAAGGAAAUGAUCUUGAUUACUUGGCUCAGUUGAAUUCAGUGCCUGCCACAAGGCGACAUCCUGUUGGUGCCAGUUCACAAGGAAUGCAUUCCUCUCCGUUGCACUUAAUUAUUGGAAGCCCAAUUAAAGAAGAAGAUGAGCCCCAAGAUGUGGAGCUUAAAGCAAGAAGACCAUAUAUUAAAAAGCCAGAUUUAACAGAAAAUUUUAAACCGCCUGCAAAAUUCUCAAACACCGAUCAUAUUAAUUUAAAUACAUCACCUGUGCCUGUAUCACGGACUCCAGAAACAAUUGAAAGAACAGGAAAUCCUAUUCAACCCCAAUUAAAACAAGAUGUUCCCGCUUAUCUUACAAAUGUGGCAAGCCCAAAGUUAUCUACGUCAAUUAGCUCAGACAUUGCUUCCUCCUUGUCAGAAAAAAUAGCUGAUUCUUUGGCUAAUGAGAAAAGUGGAGCCCCCUUAACAUCUGUUCAAAUUAAUUUCAUAAGAAACAUGAUAGAGGAAACGCUUGAUGACUUCCGGGAAGCCUGUCAUAGAGACAUUGUUAAUUUACAAGUGGAGAUGAUUAAGCAAUUUCACUUGCAGUCGACUGAAAUUCAAAUGCUUCUUGAACGAUACUCUAUAAAUGAAAACUUAGUUUCAGAGAUAGAAAAGCUACGUGAAGAGAAUAAAAGGUUACGUACUAACUUUUAA